AAGACUACUCUCUCUCCCCCUGACCUGAACCCUCAUUUCUCCUUCGCCUUCUGCUCCGAAGUCUGAAACAGGAUUCUGAAGCGCGAGGCCGUUUCUCUCUCUCUCUCUCUCUCUGCCUUUCCUUCUCUUUUCUCAACUUGUAACGUAACUCAUGGCACCAUUUCCACCGCCGCCGUCGUUGCCGCCACCACCGCGGCAAACCGAGCCUCUUCCACUCUAAAGGGCAUUUGCAGACGCCUUAGAGCCACAAUAUUUUCUGUUUAGUGUAUAUGCAUUCGUCUAUGGAUUUGCGAAGGCUCACUAUCGCCAAACCAACCCUCAUCUUCUAUUCAGUUACGCGCCCCUUAACCUGCGUCACUUCUACCUUCCAACAACAGCCCGAACGACCGCAAGAACACGAACCAGCCCACACGCAGCCGCCAUUGCUUCCAAAGAACCAACUAAAGCCGUUGGAUAAGAGUCUCCUUAGCCGGAUAACUUCAAUUCUCUCAAACCCAAUUUUGGAUUCCUCUAAAUGUACAGAUAUAAUACCCCAUUUGUGUCCUCAUCAGUUCGAUGGGCUUUUCUAUACUAAUCGAUCAACGGUGAACCCAAAAACUGCUUUGAAUUUCUUUUAUUUCGCGUCUGAAUCAUAUAGGUUUCGAUUCACCAUUAGAUCUUAUUCUCUUUUGAUUCGUUUGCUCAUAUUUUCUAAUCUUGAUGCGCCUGCGAGAUUGCUUUUGAUUCGUGUGAUCGAUAGGAAGCUGCCUGUUUUGUUUGCAAACCCCAAAAAUCGUCAUAUUGAGAUAGCCGUUGCUAUGGCAGAUUUAAAUGACAUGUCAGAGUCGGCUCUUGGGGUUCGAACAUUUGAUUUGUUGGUUCACGUUUAUUGUACCCAAUUUAAGGAUGCGGGGUUUGUCCUUGCUGUGGAUGUGUUUCGGUCAUUGGCAGAUAAGGCAAUGUUUCCAUCUUUGAAGACAUUGACUUUUCUUCUGAAUUCUUUAGUGAGGGCAAAUGAGUUCAACAAGAGUUAUGAGGUUUUUGAGAUUAUGCUUCAAGGUGUUUCUCCAGAUGUUUACUUGUUUACUACUGCUAUUAAUGCAUAUUGUAGGGGAGGGAAGGUUGAAAAAGCAAUGCAGUUGUUUUUGAAAAUGGAAGGGUUGGGUGUUUCUCCCAAUGUUGUGACUUACAAUAAUCUUAUUCAUGGGCUCUGCAAGAGGGGCAGGAUAGAUGAAGCUUUUCGGUUUAAGGAGAAGAUGUUGAAGAAUGGUGUGAAUCCUAGUCUUAUAACAUACAGUAUUCUUAUUAAUGGUUUGAUGAAAUUAGAGAAAUUUGACGAAGCUAAUAAUGUUUUGAAGGAAAUGUCAUCUAGGGCAUUUGUCCCUAAUGAGGUAGUUUAUAACACGUUGAUUGAUGGGUAUUUUAGAAUGGGAAAUAUUGAGGCAGGAUUGAAGGUAAGGGAUGAUAUGGUGUCCAAGGGGCUUCACCCAAACUCAGUUACAUUAAAUUUGCUUAUACAAGGUUUUUGCAAGAAUGGCCAGAUGGAACAAGCAGAGCAAGUUUUGGAGGAGAUGCUGGUGAGAAGAUUAUCUGUAAAUCAGGGUGCUUUCACUUCAGUUAUUAAUUGGCUUUGCAUGAAUUCUAAAUUGGACUCUGCACUUUGUCUUAUUUGGGAGAUGCUAUUGAGAAGUCUGAAGCCCAAUGAUAGUUUGCUGACCAUAUUAGUCAGUGGGCUAUGUAAGGAUGGCAAACAUUUGGAGGCAGUUAAACUUUGGUUUAAGCUGUUGGAGAUUGGAUUUGCAGUCAAUACUAUGACAUCAAAUGCUCUAAUUCAUGGACUUUGUAAGGCAGGCAAUAUGGUAGAGGCUGUUAGGCUUCUCAAGGAGAUGCUAGGGAGGGGUUUGCCAUUGGAUAGGAUCACAUACAACACCCUUAUAUCAGGGUGUUGCAGUGAGGGGAAAGUGCAAGAGGGUUUUAAGCUGAGGGAAGAGAUGGUUAGGAGAGGAAUUGAACCUGACAUCUUUACUUACAAUUUGUUAAUACAUGGGCUGUGUAGUAUAGGUAAAAUAGACGAAGCCUUGAAGCUCUGGAAUGAGUGCAAAAGAAGUGGUAUGACUCCUAAUGUUUACACAUAUGGGGUUAUGAUAGAUGGAUACUGUAAAGCGGACAAAAUUGAAGAGGGGGAAAAUCUCUUCAAUGAGUUGGUCACUCAGAAUCUGGAGCUGAAUACUUUUGUUUAUAAUUCACUUAUAAAUGCAUACUGUCGGAAUGGGAAUAUGAUUGGGGCUUUUGGACUACGUGAUGACAUGAAAAGCAAGGGCAUCCUGCCAACUUCUGCUACAUAUUCUUCUCUAAUACAUGGACUUUGCAACAUUGGCCGUGUUGAUGAUGCCAAACAUCUUUUUCAUGAAAUGAGAAUAGAGGGUUUGCUGCCAAAUGUUGUCUGCUAUACUGCCCUAAUUGGUGGCUAUUGCAAGUUAGGUCAGAUGGAUAAAGUGGGGAAUGUCUUGAAGGAAAUGUCUUCUUUUGGCAUACAUCCAAAUAAUAUUACUUACACUGUUAUGAUCAAUGGGUAUUGUAAGUUGGGUGAUAUGAAAGAAGCAGUUAAGCUUCUUGGUGAGAUGAUUCAAAAUGGAAUUGUCCCAGAUGCUGUCACUUAUAAUACCUUGACGAAUGGGUUUUGCAAGGAAAAGAUGGUAGAAGAAGCCUUUAAAAUGAGUGAUUGCAUGUCCCAGAGGGGUGUAACUCCUGAUGAGGUUACUUACACCACUUUGAUUCAUGGAUGGCAGUUUCCAUCAACAAUUACAACUCAAGAAUGAUCAUGAAACUAUAAAAGGCGAGCUGUUUGUAGACCCUUCUAGGAAGGCAUCAUCUAACCUUCUCUUUUCAAGAAUCAUGGGAAGAGGCUUGUAUAAAGCGAGCUGCUUGUAGACUGUAGGAUAGUGUCGAUUUACCUUUUUGAAGAAUCAUGCUGUGCUUCAGAAAGGUCAAUGUUUUCCAUCCCUCUUUCAGAAGGAAGUUCCCAUCUCACUACAUGAUACUCAUGAACACCUUCAUUGACUUCUCACAAAAUCUCCUUUCUCAAUCUUCUUUGUGACUGAUGCUGGGAGUAUUGAGUAAAGACACGAAGGAAAUGUGCAGGUUGGCUAAUGUACUCUUAACAGGGUUAAUCUUCUUCCUUUAGACUGGAGUUGACCAUUCCACCUUGCAGGGUAAGUGAUAGGCCAAAGAACUGAGCCACAUCCCACUAUCUUAGCCAGUCUCUUACCAUUAAAUCUGCCAAAUGGGGACAGUAUUGCUCUUACCUUAGUUGAUUUUCAGCAUUCAAGUAGCUUCACAUGCCAACAAAUUGAACCUCAAAUUGAGAAUUUUCUCCUCUUCAGGAUGACAGAAGGUUAUGGUGUCAACUGCAAAUAGAACAUGUGAUAUAUGAACCUCUGCAUUACUUUUAGCCCUUGUAAGCUUAAAUGAGGUAUAAUACAAUUUAAUGUGUUUUUUUUUUUAAAACCCUUUGUGGUUCAUUUGGUUUUUUGUUGCUUGAUUUAGUGAUUUAUACAUAUUUUUUAUUUAUGUGGCAUAAAAUUAUAGGUUACUACUAUUUACUUCACAUUAAUUGAAUGUUUUCCACGUUGUCUUUUUUUAUGUCUAGUACUUGGAUUUGUGAUAUUCUGCUUAGUAGUUUUAUUUGUUCUUCCAAUUAUUUUUUAUUUGUAAUUUCCAUUUGACAUUUCUUAAUUGUUUUUGUUAUUAUGCUAACAAAUUUUAGUUUUCAAGGGUGCAAACAAAUUUUAGUUUUCAGAGGGAUACUUGUGUUAAAAAAAAAAAAUUCCGAAGGAUUUUUUUAUGUUUAAUUUAUGUUGGAGUUACAUUUAGUUUUUAUGAUUUGACUUUUGUCAUAAUUAUAUUGUGAAUGGAUUUUUUUCCCAAUAAUAUUUAUGUCUUAAUUUAAAUGUGGUUGUUUUUCUGUGACUUUCUUGUAGUGUUUGGUUCGCAAAUUCAAUGAAUGAUUCGUGGGAAUCCUCAUUGAUUCCCAGGUAUUCCCACCUUUGUUUUACGUUUUAUAAUUGGUAAUCCCAUUCCACGAAAUUAUAUAUAUAUAUAUAUAUUCCCACAAAGCUCUUGAAUGCCGGAAUCCCUCUUCUCGUAUUAAAAGGUGGAUAUGCUGAUUCUCAAACCAUGAAUUAUUAAAAAUAAAGUGACAAAAAUAUCCUAGUUAUAUUUGCAUAUGGUUAUGAAGUGGCCUAUUAUAUUUGAAAGACCCUUGUUUUAAAGACCUAGUUAUAUUUUUAAAAAUCCAUAUUUAGCCUUGUUAUGAAGUGAUCUAUACAUGGUUAAGCGUUGAAGGUUGACAGGUUUAUGUAUGAAUUGCAUGUUAUUAUUAUUGUUGUUGUUGUUAAAAAAUGGUUGCAUUUUGAAUUGGCCUUUGAAUUAUGUAAUAAUUUAUAAUCUUAUUUUAAUUAUUUCUUUUGAUAUUGUGUUUUUUAAUGGCUAUUGUCAUCAACUUUUUCUUGGACUUGGGAACUUGUGCCUUCCAGUAUUUGCCUAGUUGAUCAAAUGAAUUAUCUCUGCAUUUCUCUGUAAUUUUGUUGUUAAAGACUUUAACUCAAGUUCUAACAGUUCCCUAUAGGUGGAGUGUAAAUUGUUGAAGCUUGAACUACUCAAGCAUCAUUGCAUUUUCCACCCCUCAUAAUUUGGCUCAGAAUAGAGGUGGUCAUGCCUUAAAUUUGAUAUCUUGUUCCUAUGCCUGCUACCGAUGUUUCAUCUGUGUGUUUGAUUUCUGUUUGAUUUCUUGUGUCUUGGAUGUAACAAUUCACCUCAACUGAUUUAUUGCUGCAUGUUACAACCUUUGAUGUGGGAUUAUGAGCUCAGGCAUUGAAAUGCAUAAUGGUAUAUCACUAGGAAAGAAAUACCAGAACUGUUGAAUCUGCUGCAGAAGUGCUGUCAAAGACUUUGUUGUUUCUCAUAAUGUUCUUGCAGUGAUAUAUGAACUUUGAAAUGGUUCAGUUUUUCCAUUAAAAAAAAGGUUCUUUAAAUUCUUUUCCCCCUUCAGUUUAUUUUGUUCAUCAUUGGUUUUCUUUAGAUAUUGAAUUCACCAUAUUGAAAUUUCCAAGCUGGUGUCAAGGACAUGAAUAAAAUAUUGUUUCAUACACUUGGAAAUGAAUUAAAUUUGGAAUCAAUUCCUAAUUAAAUGCAAGAAAAUACUUCUAACAAAAAUGUUGAAACAGAAGGGGAUGACUAUCUAGUUUCAAAUGGAGGUUGAUGUUCAUGUUCAUAGAUUUAGUUUUUCUACCUCUAUGUACCUACUUUUGGAUUUUUUUUUAAAUGUUAUGAAGAUGCCUUUUUGAUUAGAGGAAAUGAAACAGGUUAUCAGCUUUAGAAGAUGUUAAAUUGAUGACAGUUGAAAGCUGAAGAUUUAACUGUUUGCACACAUCCUAGAAAUGAUUGGAGGCCUAUUAUCUGCUAGAUUCUUAAUCUUGUGGAAGUUAGUGGCUCUUUUCUUUUUCAAGCAAAGGCUGGCCUAAGCUUUCCGUGAAAUUGGCCUUUUUCUUUCUGGCUAAUCUUCUUUUGCGACUCACACUGGAAGUUGAUAUGAUACUAUUUGUUAGCUUUACCGUGAUCCCAAGAGGGGGGGUGAAUUGGUAUUUUUAAGCUUUAAGCCCUAGGUUAAUCUCCUAACACCAGUAUAUUCACAACCCUAUGGACAAUCUAGUGCAAGUAAUGUAAACGUAUACCAGAAAGUAAAUAAAUCAAUUUAAUCAAUCACACAUACAUUAGAAAGCAGUAGAGUAAGAGUGACACGCAGGAAUGUUAUCGAGGUUCGGCCAAUUGCUUUCCGUCUUGGCUAACAAGCUCAAGGAUUACUACUAUAACUUGCUCACUUAAACGGGUGGAGCGACACCUAUACAAAUCAGGUCAAUUAGCACAUGACUGACCUCAACCUUUACAACAAUCCUUACCGGACUGGGUUACCGCUCCCUCAGGCCAUGCCUAGAAUCACUCAGAUUUUACAAUCAAAUGGUACAAUCGAUAAGUGCUUUCACGUAAAGUAGAUUUGUAGCCAAAUGCGUUCAAUCACAUACACCACAAAUGAUUUAAUACGUAAGCUCACUGUGGUCUAAAUAGUUCAACUCUCAAAUGUAUUUUCUAUCAGUGUAAUGAGUACGUGAGAGUGUCAACAAUCAAUUUUUGUAUUUCAAGAUAUUCUCAAUCAAGGUGCUUAAACAAAGAUAUUACUCAAGUUUCAAAUAUUCCAAAGUGCAGAGUAUAUCAAUCACGUGAAUAGUGUAUAUGCUUGGUUUGCAAGAUAUAUGUAAUAUUUGUAUUUAGCAAAAUGAUGUAUAUUUGAAUAAAUAUUGCAACAAAGAUUAAUAUCACAAAUACAUAUAUCUUUUCACAAAUAUAUCACUGUAAACUCAAAAGAUAUUUGAGUAGGUUUUGAAGAGGUUUUGCAACCCAAAACAAAUACAAACUUCCUAAGUUAUUGCAACGUGCAACGAGAAUGUAACACUCGGAAGUUCAAUACAAGUCUUCUUAGGACAGACUAAUGAGCAAAGCCUCCUAAGAAUACUUAGGUUAUGCUCUCGUAAAAAUCGAUUCAAACACUCAACAAAUGAGAGAGCAAAUCUCUUAAUAUCAACACUCAAUACACUUACAGAUGAUAUAGAGAAUUGAAGAAGGUAAGUUUGAGUGGUUUUAGAGAGAGUAUGAGUAGUAGGAAGAUUUUUGGCUUGAGAGAAGUUUUUCAUUUUGUUUUGCUAAUCUUAUUCCUAAUUUUUCUAAAUGAAGGGGUAUAUAUAGACACCCCAUGAAUUAUGACCGUUGGAGACAAGUUUGGUAUAAUUAGAAAAGAUUAAUGACCUUUUAAUUAUUUUAACCCUGUUUUAAAAAAUUAACCACGAUAAAAAAUUCAGGGCAAUCCGAGAGACCCGGUCGACCAGAACACUUUCGGUCGACCAAAGUUCAUAUGAUAUGGUUGACCGGGCCAUUUUUGAACUUGGGACUUGGUUGACUGGAUGUAUAUGUCCGAGGUGAUUUUUUCAUUUUUCCGAGGUUCGGUCGACCAAACUAUUUUGACCUGGGUGAUUCGGUUGACCAGACAGUUGGGAUUUCUCCAGAGGACCCUCGGUCGACCAGACUAUUGUAAUGCAAUUUGGGUUCGGUCGACUAGGUGGUCAAAGUGUUGACUUUAGGAGGUUCGGUCGACCGGAGGGUUUGAACUAUAAUGGUUCGGUCGACUAGGCUGAGGUCAAAAUGUUGACCCAGACCGGUUUUGGUCGACCGGGGCAGAAUGAACUGCAUAGGCCGGUCGACCGAAAGUGCAUAAAGUGUGCAUUUCGGUCCUGUUUUGAUUUACAAACACCCUAUUCAAUGUGCCUAACAUAUAUAAGCAUGAGUGAGUAUCCUAGGGUCAUUUUUGGGUCCUUUUGAAGAGACCGAAAAAAUCCAGUGUCGGUCGACUAAGGGUAACCCCUAAGGUCUUUCUAAGUUCAUUUUUAGUUAUACUUGGUUUGAGCUUACGUAUUAUACCAUGCAUGUGAUGUGUGUGCUUAUUACAAACCAAGGACCCUAAUUAGUAUUAUAGACCAAUUACACAACUGAAUAUAUAUUACAAUUAUAAACAUGAAUUGGUCUUCAAGCUUCACUUGCUUUGUGCCCAUCUCGAUUUUGGCAAUUUAAGGUUCCUGCACAAAGUCUUAAACACCCAUUAAAUACAAUGAGUAUUUGUCAUAAUCAAAACCGGGUGUGACCUAUAGGGUCAACACUAUUUUCAUUAUUGGGAUCUUAACGUUUGCACAUUUUUAAAAUCAUUUUACGAUCAAUGGAUGCUAAUAACAUCCUUUUGUUUGUAUGUGUGCGAUCAUGCAUCAGCAUUUUAUUUAUUUAUUUAUUGGGUUUCCCACACUGUUUUGAUGAUCAAUCGAUUAGGUUUGUCCCUUCAGCAGGAUGACACUGCCUUAAAAUAAAUUGGACUUUUCGCUUCAAAUUUUGACAGAAAAGAGAUGUAUCUGGAGAAGAUUUUUUUGGUAAAUGGCUUUGCUUCAAACUCUGACAGAAAAGAGAUGUAUCCUGGAGAAGCUUUUGUAGUAAAUGGCUGUGUUCAUGUUAUUGUAUUUAGGCAUUUUUAUGCAAUUAUCUUUUUAAUCAUAGACCAACUAUUGGUUUAUUUUUCAUAUUUCCAUUGCUUCUGUUUUUUUCUUUUCCAGAAUUCGUUGGUCUUGUUAGUGGUCCUACUUUGAGUUCAAUUCAACAUUUCUUUUUCAUCAAAAAGUGAUGCAGGUUACUUCCAGAAGCAGAUAAAUAAACAGUCUGUAUAGAUCUUAGUUUGAGAUAUGACUUUCUGAAAUAUCAUAGCUUCACCUCCUUUUAACAAGGUUCUUCUUAAGAGAAAAAAAGGAAACAAAGGAGCAAGUUAUCGAAUGGCUCCUUUUGGAAUUCUUGCGUCAUUUAUUUUGUCAAAAAUAUGAUACAAACAUGUUUCUGUUGGGUAUUGUUCUCUGGUGUGUAAGUUUGAAUGUUGGCAAUCCUUGGCAAGAAAGGGAGCAGCAUAUUGAUCACUUUCUUUUUUGCCAAAAUUCAGGUCACACUUUAAUGAGAGUGUUUAAAUCCAUGUAGUUUGGGGCCUUUUUAGGUUUUACCUCCUUGACUUUUUAAAAUGUCACUAAACCUCCCUUUGGUAAGUGGAUAGUUCAAUUUGCCUCCCCAUGUUUCUGAAAAUCACUAAACCUUCCUGAACUUUGGACUAGAGUGAAAUAUUCAAACUUUCUUUCCAACUUUGGAGAGAAGUACGUGGAUCACCUAGAGCUUUUAGGUUUUAAAAAGAGAAGUAGAAUUUGUAAGUUUCACUAGAAAUUUAAAAUUUCUUGAUGAUUAUUGGACGAAAACUGGAAAUUCUUGCAUUUUCCAAGGUACUCUAGUUUACUAGCUUACUUUGUAGACAUGUAAACUGUGCAUGUAUAUACUCUAGUUUUGGUUGAAAACAUGAUGAUUUGGGUUGAAGACUUGGGCAAUAUGAUGUAAUUGGUGCUUUUCUCCAUCACUUUGGAUUGAUAACUUGACAUUUUUACUAUAAUCCAAGGUACAGGGAGGUUUAGCGUCACUUUUAAAAAGUCUGGUAGGUAAAGUAUAAUUUAAAAAGUCAGGUAGGUAAAGUAUAAUUGACAUCACAAAAAUACCUUCGUAAAAUGUGUUUUUGCUGGAUUUUGGUUGUUCUUUUUUGUUAAAUAUAAAGCAUUAAAAAAAAAAAAAAAAGGAAACAGAAUCGGUAUAUUGUUGAGCUAACUUGUUGAGCCUUGUUCAGCAUCAUGAGGUGUCAAAAGAACAUUUUACUUGAAUGCUUGGAUUCCCUGCCAUUCGAGAAUGGUUUCAUUGGUGAUCCAGGGACUCUAAAAUCUUGCCUCUUUAUGUGCCUGUUAAGUUGCCACUGCUAAUCUAAAAUUCACUUUUUAAAUAUUUUAUCUUGAUGCAUUAUUGCUGCACAGGGACACUGUUCUUAUAAAUCCAACUUUCAAAUGACAAGUGAGGAAUUUUAAAAAAUUCCAUUAUAGGCCUUUGAUUACUAUUUUUUAUUGAUUCUAAUCUGAAAAAACAAAUGUUUGAAAGCAGCAAACAAAGUAUCUUAUGCUAAUUUUUUAAGGUCCUCAUCUGUCUUUUUAAAGUCAGAUUUAUAAGAGUGAUGUCCCUGUACUACAAUAAUGCAUCAAGAUAAAUAAAAAAAUGACUUAGUAUUUUCAUAGCUUACAUGUUCAUAUUUUCUGCUUGCAUCCUGAUUGGUAAGUCAUGCUAGUUAUGCAGUAUUUACCUUGACCCUAUGUUUGGAGAGACCUUGGAUUUUGAUUUGUAUUGGAUUUAGGUAAAAUGUAAUAUAAAAUUGUAUUGAAAUUUGUUCAAAUUUGCUCAAAUCCAAAUCCAAGGUCCAAACAAUCCAUGCUUCCAAAUGCAGGGUGAGUGUUUUCUAAUGGAGCUGUAAAUUUUUAUUUUUAUUUUUAUUUAUUUAUUUUUCAGGGAUCCACGUGGUACAGCAACUGGACCAGUUACAAUCUGCUUGUCAAUUGUAUGAGAUGUGUAAUGGAUCCCUACGAAGUUUUGGACGAUUGUGCUAGCUGCAGAUGGAUUGAGCCCCAUUGACUUCAACAUGCACUGCAAAUUUGUGGCAUGAUGAAACUAAAACAGGACCCAUUGACAUUGAUCGUGUAGAUUCCAUGGGGCUGGGGCAGUUCUUGCCGAAAAUUCCUUGCUCAAAUUGGAGUAGUCCUGACUAAAUCUGCAGCAUUUGUAAACUCUCUCAGGGGGUUGCAGCAAGCUUUCUGUGCAAAAUAUUUAAUCUCGUUGGAACCUACUUGGAUCAUUAUCCAAGGUUGGCAUAGCCCCAAUCCAUGCCUUGAAAUCAUCCUGUUUUGGCAGGGAGUUGCAGGUAGCUUUUAUUUAAAAUGUUUAAUCUUAUUGGGAAUAUUGACCUGCCAAAUCAACCUCCAAGUUGAGUCCUCUGACAGAAGAGAUGUAAGCAGAUCUUCGACGUCUUUGAUUGAGUGCCAGAUGGUAAGUUACAGCAGACUGAAACAAGUUGCAACUAAUGUGGUGCAAAUCUACCUUUUAUUAACUGGGAUAAUUGGAGGUGUAAUGCAAAUAAUCUGUGUCACGAGGAAAGAGGUGUGUACUAGGUCGAUUUUCUUAUACCUCUCACAUCAUUAGCAAUCAAUAGUUUCUAUAACUUUAUGUGCUAACUCUGUUUUAAAUUAAUUUUCUUUGCUUA